CCAGCAUAACAGAAGCUGGCAACUUCCAUAUCUUUCUGGGACUGAAAUGGCUCCUAUUGAUAACUACGACUACCACUUCCCGUAUUUUCCUCUACCACCACCACACAAUCCCCCAUCUCCCCCAAAAGUGACGCCUCCUCAUCCUUCUCCAUCCCCUCCAAAUGUGCCCUCAUCCCACAAGCCCCCACCAUCUCCAAAAGUGUCGCCACCUCACAAUGUGCCCUCCUCUCCAAAAGUAUCUCCACCGCAUAAUCCCAUUGCGCCACCACCAUCGUUUCCAAAGCCAGGAACUCCACCCUAUCAUCCAUUCCAUCCACCACCAAGCCCUUCAGCAAAACCACCCAGCCACCCAAUCUCUCCCCCACCAUCUCUGACAGUGGCACCACCACAUAACACACCCACCCCUCAAGUAGCUCCACCACAUCACCCCAUCACUCCUCCACCACCAUUACCAAUUCCUGGAACACCUCCCAAUCAUCCACCUCUUCCACCAACUCCUGCAGCAAAACCACCCAGUCACCCAAUCUAUCCCCCACCACCACGGCAUCCUAUUCCUCCACCAUCACCUCCUCAUUUUGUUCCACCUCCACCUCCACCUCCAACACCAGCACCAGGACAUCAUUCAACUGUCAUAGUUAUUGUCUUUGUCUCACUUGGUGGUCUCUUCUUUCUUGCCUUUCUAUCCGUUGCCCUCUGCUGCUUCAUUAAGAAGAGAAAGAAGAGAAUAGUUCGGAAAACUGAAAUUGUAGAUUUUGAAGAGCACAUGAGAGUCCAGGAAGCCAUCGUACCUGGACCACAUGGAGAGCAAACCAAGGUACUCACCAUUGAAGAGGAUGUGCACAUUGUGGAGAAGAUUAAGAAAAACGAAAAAAUAAGUGAAGGUUCACACAUCAAAUCUUCACAUGAGCAUUCCCAGGAAACUGAUCUCCCAGCAUCCUCCUUUCAACCAUCUCAGAAUUAUCUUGAGCACAAAGUCUGAUUGAAGUGAAGAAAAAUGGAAAAAGAGGCAACAUGAUAAUAUUCUUUCAUUCAACAUCCCUACUGAGAUAUUACUUGAAAAAUUGUAUUCUUCAUUCCAAAAAUAUGUAUUGACAGAAUAACAAGUGAAGCUUGAGGAAUAAUAAUAUUCCUUAAUAUUGGAUAUCCAAACAAACCAUUGAAGGAAAUUAAAA